GGCAGCUGCCCGAGAAAAAUUCUCGAGAAUUUCCAGCAGUUGAGCCAGUGGGUGUUCUAACUGCUUGCUCCAGAGACUGGAAACAUCGGAGAAGGCAGUCUUAUUUACAGAAAACCCCUCUCCCGCCCUCCGUUAGCUAAUUACAAUUUUUCCAGGGACAUUGCCAUCACGAGUUGCAUCGUUUCUCUGGAAGACAGCCCAUUGUUGUUCCAUUGACGGUUCCCUAAUUCCUGAGUCCUCUGGAGUUAUGUCCACAGCUGCCUUACUUACUUUGGUUAGAAGUGCUGGAAACCAGGUGAGGAGGAAAGCGCUACUCGGCGCCCGCCUGCUGCAGGACGACAGGUGGGUGACGCCCACGUGCCACAGCUCCACUUCAGAGGCCCGGUGUUCUCGGUUUGACCCUGAUGGUAGCGGACGGCCAGCCACCUGGGAUAAUUUUGGCAUCUGGGAUAACCGCAUCGAUGAGCCGAUUCUGCUGCCGCCCAGCAUUAAGUAUGGCAAGCCGAUUCCCAAAGUCAGCUUGGCGAACGUGGGCUGCGCCUCGCAGAUUGGCAAACGAAAAGAGAACGAAGAUCGGUUUGGCUUCGCUCAGCUGACAGACGAAGUCCUGUACUUUGCGGUGUAUGAUGGCCAUGGCGGACCGUCGGCGGCCGAUUUCUGUCACACCCACAUGGAGAAAUGCAUCCUGGAUUUGCUUCCUAAGGAGGAGAACUUGGAAACUGUGUUGACCUUGGCUUUUCUAGAAAUAGAUAAAGCCUUUGCAAGGCACGCCCACCUGUCUGCUGAUGCGACCCUUCUGACCUCUGGGACUACUGCAACGGUAGCCCUUUUGAGAGACGGUAUUGAACUGGUUGUAGCCAGUGUUGGCGAUAGCCGAGCUAUUUUGUGCAGAAAAGGAAAACCCAUGAAGCUGACAAUUGACCAUACUCCAGAAAGAAAAGAUGAAAAAGAAAGGAUUAAGAAAUGUGGCGGUUUUAUAGCUUGGAAUAGUUUGGGACAGCCUCACGUGAACGGCAGACUCGCAAUGACCAGGAGUCUUGGAGAUCUGGAUCUUAAAACCAGUGGUGUGAUAGCAGAACCGGAAACAAAGAGGAUUAAGCUACAUCAUGCUGAUGACAGCUUCCUGGUCCUCACUACAGAUGGCAUUAACUUCAUGGUAAACAGCCAAGAGAUCUGUGACUUCGUCAAUCAGUGCCACGAUCCCAGUGAAGCCGCCCAUGCAGUUACUGAACAGGCAAUACAGUAUGGUACUGAAGACAACACUACCGCAGUAGUAGUGCCUUUUGGUGCUUGGGGAAAAUACAAGACCUCUGAAAUCAACUUCUCGUUCAGCAGAAGCUUUGCCUCCAGUGGACGAUGGGCCUGAUCACUUGCUGGGACUUGGAGUUUCUGUGCAGUUUUUCACUGAUUGUGUCAAGAAACUGAUAAGAUUUUAAAAAGCUGACUGUACCAAGGUGACGCUAGGACUCACUAGAUCAGUACACACAUCACUAUAAACUUAGUAACCAUCUACAUAGUAGUUUUUCACAAAUACCUGUCAUAUUUAUGUUCAACUAACUGUACAUACUCAGUAUAAAUACGUGUAAUUCAGCUAUUGUGAAUGAGUCUCUGAGUGAGCAAAUGAAAAAUGGUUUUGAUGCACUUGCUGAGUGUUACAUUUCUAUAUGAAUUUCUUUUGACCAUUUCUGAUCUUUAUUCAUUUGACCAGGUUCUUGCCUUCAAGUUCUUCAAAACUAGUCAGUAUUUUGACAGCUACUCAAUGGUUAUCUGCAAGUGUUUAUUUUUAAUAACUGUACCAAGCAUUAAGGAUGAAAACUGAGUUCUCUGUUACUAUACUUUGUACUCUGGAUCACCUACUGGUGAACGUAACAAUGCAAAAGAAAUUAAUUCAGCUGACAUGACACUGCUAAGCUGUAUACAUAUGUACAACAGUGCACUUACGUAUUUCCACUGUGUCACCAGGUCUCUCCUGCCACCAGUCAAUUCAUUCCUGUUUUUCUGUAGGUAAGAAUGCUGUAUAGCUAUGACUAUUCCUUCAUAUCAGAAAAGAAUGUCCAGGCUAAGAGUUCUUUGGUCAAAGCUAUACAGAGUUAUAUACUGACAGUAUCAAGUAUUUUGUAUAACGUUUCCAUUUGUUAUUCGAAUUCUAUGUUUUGUGUUUUGUAUACGGAAUGUUUAUAUUAUCGCUUUUUGUAUAGAGUAAGCAAGUCGGAUAAUUUGUCAGUAAAAAUAAUCCCACAUUGACUGAUAACUGCUACAGACAUAGCUUGAGGUUUAUGUCUCCUUUUUCUAAGACUCCUAAGAAAGACUAAAUCUAAAAAAAAAGCCUUAUCUAUUCCAGCUUGCUAUGUAAUUUAGGAGUAUAAAACUAUAUUUCCUUAUAUCUGUGUGUAAGUUUGCUGUUAAAAUGUGAAUCUCUAAAUGUGUGUAUGGAAUUACAUCUGCAGUUUAUUUCUGCAGACAGUGUAAAUUUGUUGUAUGUGUAGGUGUAUGUACAUAUGUAUAUUUUAGACUAAUGGAAAAUGAAAGGGAACAAUCCUGCAUAGCUCCUUCACCAGUUAGCUUUCAAUUAUUGAUAUGUUUAUCUCUAAGAACACUUGACAAACUGAGGGAAGUUUCAGAGUGGAGAACCAAUGGUUACUGGGAGAUAAGGAAAUAGAUUAAAAAUGGCUGUAGGAGAUAUUCUGUGGUGGGUAACUUCUGUGGAAAAACCUAGGAACAGAACAGCAUUUGAAGCUACGUUGCUGUAUUGUAAUUUGCAUAUAAAAUAAUAGGAUGUGAGAAAAAUACUGAAGUGUUAAGAAUGACAUGGAGUUCUGUGGAAACGAAAGAAAAACCAAAACGAUAAAGUUGAUGUACCUUCAACUCUUAGUUUUCAGGUUGACUUUUCUUUAAGUUUUACUCAAGGCUUAUUAGAAGGAAGAGGGCACAACAUCGAUAUUCACAUCUCACCUUUUUGGGAAUGGAAGGAAAGAAAUCUUGAGUUUUCCUGCCUGUAUUCAUCAGGAAUUAUCCUUUGGGAAAAAGUGGUAUGGAAAUAUUUCAAGGUGUUUUUUUUUU